CACUGGUUUCAAAAUUUUAAUCCGUUUUAAAAGACAAACUCAGACAGUAUUAGCAGGACAUUAUACUGUGUUUCAUUUACGCUCAUUAACGUUGCGCUGGAAGAUUCAGGGUAAAAAUGAGAGAAAGGGCAAAAUAAGAGAUUUCUGAUACUGCACAAAAAAUAGUUACAGAGUGAGACUUCUUCUUUUAAACCCCCCGGGCUUGGACAGAGCGCGCCGGUUGCCCCGCCAGCUCAACUCGGGGGGCGUGGCCAUGCUCCGCGCCCCGAGCACAACCACGCUGACUGGCUGCUGAUGAGUGACGCGCCAAUUCAUCUGUGUGUUGAUUGGCCGACGUGAGCCAGAUGCCUGAAAGCGCCAGAAAACAAGCUUGAGCGGGGUAUGCUGGCGUCUCCCCGGGAAUGUGCAGAGUUUCCUCGGAUCGGACACAAGUAAAGGACCAGAGGUGCAGUCAGAGGAGGACCGGGACGUUUAUUUUAAAGAGGGAAAUUAGCUGCUAUGUUAAUGUAAAGAAAGUUCCCGCUGACACGUCGAAAGAACCGGACACACACCUCCACUGUAAUAUUUCAUUCAUCAGCAGGAGAGAAAGAUGGAAGUCAAAUGUCUCGCGCUGAAAGACCUCACGAGUCCCAGGAAAGGCUUCACGCAGGAGGAUGAGGGCCACGGGGAUCAGAAGGAAAACAUCUACGCAGAGAGGAGAAGGUCCACGCCUCUGAAAUCUGCAGAGACCUCCGGCCCCGUCUUUGCAAUGACCAGAAAGGGGGGCCCCCCCGACAUGGUCCACGUCACCCCCAUUAAACACACACCCCUGGCCGAGCCCUGGACCCCCACAGCCAAUCUGAAGAUGCUGAUCAGCGCGGCGGGCCCGGACAUCCGGGACAGAGAGAUGAGGAAGGUGCUGUUUAGACCCAUCGAGAACGAGGAGCCAGAAAGUCCGGAUGCUCCAGUGGAGGAUACGGAGGUGGAAGACUCCUGUCAGUUUGAAGCUGGGGAUGAGGAGGAUGACGACACUGAGAAAAAGCCGAGCAGAAAGCAGAAGAGUCUGGGUCUGCUGUGCCAGAAGUUCUUGGCCCUGUACCCCGACUACCCGCACUGCCCCAUCUGGAUCUCUCUGGACGAGGUGUCCACCAAUCUUGGAGUGGAGCGGCGACGGAUCUACGACAUCGUCAACGUGCUGGAGUCCCUCGUGCUCGUCGGUCGGAUCGCCAAGAACAGCUACAGCUGGUACGGUCGCCUGCGGCUGGAGGCCACGUUGGCGGAGCUGCAGCGGAGGGGUCGGCAGCAGGGCUACCACCUCCAGAUGGACCCGGCCACCGAGGGCCGGGGGGCCCGGCCGGGGCGCGAGGACGACCGGGCGGAAGGCGACGCCGUCAGCGCUUGUGGCAACAGGAAAGACAAAUCUCUGCGCAUCAUGAGCCAGAAGUUCGUCAUGCUCUUCCUGGUGUCCAAGACUCAGACGGUUACUUUGGACGCAGCAGCAAAGAUCCUCAUCGAGGAGAGCCAGGACUCGUCCAGUCACAGCAAGUACAAAACUAAGGUGCGGCGGCUGUACGACAUCGCAAACGUGCUGACCAGCCUGCGUCUCAUAAAGAAGGUCCAUGUGCGCGAGGAGAGAGGCAGGAAGCCCGCCUUCAAGUGGCUCGGCCCCGUCGAAUUCAAAAGCUCUGCAAGUGCUGCUGUGACUCUGCCUGAGGCCACGCAGACAAAGGCGGGCGCCGUCCUCGGAGGAGCCAAGAUGGCGCGCCACGCCUCCUUCAACGUCACCCCCACUCCUGUGGCCGCACAGCGCCUGGUCAGCUCGGCACCCAGCAGUCCGCGGCGAGACGUUACCGGUCUGCCGUCCCAGCCUGUGGAUUAUUCCAAAAAGACCCCGGGCAACAGCGUCGUGUGUCGGCUGCAGUUUGGCAGCAGCACUGAUAACCGCCCCGUCUGCAGCAGUGGCAGCCCGCUGCCUCCGUCCUCCACCCGUGCCGUCCCGCGGGCCCCACACCCGGAGCAUGUCUUCGGCGCCGCCGCCUCCUCCUCCUCCUCCUCACAUUGCUUGGCCUACCUGUCCCAGCCGUCGGUGGUCAUGCUGUACCGGGCCCCAGACACGCCCGAAGGUCCUAAGUCGCUCGGGGCGGAGUCUGAUGAGGGCAGGAAGAGGAGGAGGGAUGAGGGCGAGGAAGAGGGGAUGGAGUUCAAAAAACAGAGGGCGGCGGGGUUCCUGGGAUGUGAGGAGGGGAGCGCUGAGCCUCACAGGGAGGCAGCAGAGGCUUCGCCCGCAGGUCACACCAGGACGUCCCCCAGUCGGCCAGUAGGCCUCGGCGGAGAGCAGAGUCAUGGGGGCAGCAGCAUUGAGCCCCCCCAACCAUCGCACUACCUCUACGUACCCAACAACGCAGGUCUGAACAACCUCAACUUCCUCUUCUCCGCCGGCCAGUCGCCGGCCGGUUUGGCACGCCCCCCCGCCGGCGUCCCCACCCUGGUGCCCUACGUCCUGAUGCCCUCUGCAGCCCUCUCCCAUUACCGCCUGCAGCAGCAGGGCUCCGAGGCCUGUAACAAACUGAGCUUCAGCCUGCCUGCUGCCGUCAUGUCACCUGCCCACUUUAUGGUGGGGGCGGCGCCGUACGGCCUGGCGGCGGCAUCGGAAAUCAACGGGUCUGCGCCGUCCACCCAGGACAAGAGCAGGCUGUACAGCUCGGUGACAGGAGCUCCGCAUUCUCCUUCGGGGCUGCAUCAGACGGCCCGCAUCCACACACCAGAACCGCUGACGCCACACACACCGAAGGAAACUGCACCAUCUGCCUCCAAGGCUUUCUUCCAGACCCCAGGCACACUGGGAAGUGUAGGCAGCUCCGCGCCAGCGGGCCGAAAACGAGGCUCGGCCCAGAGGAGGCUGGACGUCGGCCGCCCGCCGACCGACCAGCUGGAUGUGUGAGGAGAUGGAGAUGGUUGGCUAACGGGCCGUUUUAACUCUCGCUAUUGAUGUGAAUGUGAAAGAAUGUAGUUUUAAACCAUUGUGCUUUGUAAAAUUUAGCGGUUUCCCCCUGAAAGGCCGAACUGUAAGCAAAACACCGUCAGUGGAGAACGGCAAUGAACUAAGAUACCAAACAAUUUGGUAUCUGAUAUUUUGUAAUUGACGUUUCUUUUUAAGUCUUAAAACUUUGCUGUUAUUGGUCUUUGUGUCAACAGUCGGCGCGUGCCUCCUGGCUCAGUUACACGACCAGAUUUCAGCGAAUGAGAGAAGUAUCGCUAAUGUCACAGUGCCCUCCUGUGGUCGGAGUUGGUUACUGCUGUUUAUAUUAUAGCCACAAUCCCCCUCCCCAGAUGUGAUCAAGCUACCCAAUUCCCUGCAUCCAAUUGCUAUUUAUAUUUUAGUUAAUAUAUGUUAAUUAUACGGACUGUAAUGGAACAUGGACUGUGUUCUUUCAGCACCAAGUAGAAUGUCCAGCUCAUUUUAAUGGGAUUGUUGCCCGUUGACCCCUUAGCUUGCGUUUCAUCAUCACGGUAGAAUAGAAAUUCUAUUAGCUGCAGAUCACCAGCAGACAAUCCCCUCUUGGCUCAUCUCAGACUUCACUGUAAGGAGAGCAAUCACUAAAGCCUUAAAUGUUUUUAGCCAGCGAGCAUCCCCCCUGUCCUUGGCCUACUUGAACCCAUCAGGAAGACAAAUUUCACUAGUGCUGUGCAUGUUUUAUCGGUGGUAUCCGCAACCGCUGUGCUGGGAGGUUUAACACCAAACCCUGACGACUGAGGAGGUCAUGUGACCCUGCGCUCAGGUACUUGAAUACUUGUGACUUCAGAGUACUGUAAAGAUGUAUUUUUAAUCUGAAAUGUAUCCAGGUAUCGAUACAUUUGGGAACUCCCUGUAGGGCUGCGUCCUGCUGUUGGCUGCUGAUGUUGGGAGAGUUAAGUGCCUUACCUGAGGCACCUUGGAGGAGAUAAGAGAACUGUUCAGGGGAUUUCUAUCAUCAGCCCUCUACUCAUAAACUCACUAACUUGCCUCCAGAGAAAAAUACUCGAACUUUGUACAGGAAUCCUUCUGGGGCGUUUAACGGUGUCACACCAAAGGGUGCACAAAUAAUCCACUGACCAGUGGCUGCUUCUUUGUGAAUGUGCUGUCUGAUGUCUUUUUGUAUAUUAUAUUCAGAUUGCCAUUUAUACCUCCACGUAGAGAAUGUCAGCUCUUUACUGUAUGUAAGAGCCAAACUGGUGCUGUAUGACUUCCACAAACUUUCAUUAAAGAUGUAUGACUUUU